AUGGGCGACAUCCCCGGCCUCGUGAAAAUCAGCGUCUCCCUCAAAAUCCAGCCCAACGACGGGGCGGUGUAUUUCAAAGUGGACGGGCAGCGCUUCGGCCAGAACCGCACCAUCAAGCUGCUGACCGGGGCCAAGUACAAGAUCGAGGUGGCCCUCCAGCCCGGCACCAUCCAGGCCACGACAAUGGGCAUCGGGGGUGUCAAUGUCCCACUGGAAGAGAAAUCGAGGGAUGCACAGGUGGCCUCUUACACAGGUAUCUACGACACAGAAGGGGUGCCCCCUACCAAGAGCGGGGAGAGACAGCCCAUCCAGGUCAACAUGCAGUUUAACGACAUUGGCGUUUUUGAAACAGUCUGGCAAGUUAAAUUCUACAACUACCACAAACGGGAUCAUUGCCAAUGGGGAAACAGUUUUGGUAGUAUUGAGUAUGAAUGCAAACCAAAUGAAACGCGCAGUCUUAUGUGGAUCAAUAAAGAGACCUUCCACUGAAGAGAUGUGAAACCAAUACUGCUGGACAACCUCCCUAAAAAAAAAUCUACCUUUUUAAACCAGCAAGAAGCCUUAACAAAGGCAUACUGUAACAUUGCUUUGUUCCAUAAGGUUCCAACAACUAUGUUGUAUAUACAGGUGGUGCCACUAAAAUCUUUG